AUGCCUGACAGAAUAACUGUCAGGAGCUUCCUGAAUGAAGCUAGGGACGAUGUUUCAUCGCCUACAACCUCGAAUUUCAUGUCGACAAUGAAUGCUUGUCGAAACACUGUUGGAGCUCUCGAGGAGGUAAGUUUUCACGAAACUUCGUUUUUGUGUCGUACGUGCAAUAAAUCUUUCAUGUCAGUGAAGGACAUCUGCAGCGGUUUUAGUUUGGACUGAUAAUGAAAAUUAACGUAUCUAAUAGCUUUUGGUCUAAUUGCAUGUAAUGCAUCCAUAUUUCAUGAUCGGUAGUUGAAUACAUAAAUAUUUUCCUGAAUGGUGUUCUUCAUAAUAACGAAAGCAUACCAAUCCAUGUCUUGUUUAAUUUAAAUUCGAUCGUCACUCUGUGAAUUAAAUAGUGCGUGUGUGGAAACCCACAGAGCUUAUAUAACGCCGAUACCAAACGGUUUCACCUCACAUAAUAUUGUCAGUUUGAGCUCUGUCAAAUAUGUUUACCAAAAUUUUAUCCGUAAACUUAUAUUUGAGUGAGUGACGGAAUCUCAUUUUCAUGAAAACAAGCUUAUCUUGUGGUUUACUUUUUAUUUCACAAUUAAAUAGUAUGUGGUUUUUGUUUCCAUUGAUGUCUUGUGUCAACAAAGGAUUUUCUGUUUUAAAAAAAAUGAAAGUGUUUGCCUGCUCUGGUUACAUUUUAGCGUCGUAAUCAAAGAAAUAAGAUUAAAAUUUUGAACAAUCUGCUAGUUAUAAUUUUAAUGAUUGCCAAGAUUAAGUUUAGGUAGGUCUAGUCCCUUAUAUUCUUUCUAAAUUUAGCUAAAGGGAAAACUACAGUCAUUCAUCCCUCAAUCCAUGUGAAGGGGUACGAGCCCCAGAUGUCAUUUUUUAAAUUCUGUUUACACAUACAGAAUAAAGGAUACUCAUGUAACUGGUUCCUGCAGGAUUUUGCCAAUGUGAUGCAAAUAAAUGACACAUACAGCUGUAAUACUAAGCUCUUUUAAGUAAUAUGCAACUACUUAAAGGCUUGACAAAAAGAGUAUAACCAAAACAGAGUGGCACAUGGUAUACACUGUAUAUGUGGCCUUGACUUUGCGCUAGACAACAUAUUCUUCAAAAUUGGGCUUUUUCAGUCUCCUUUUUCAGUCUCAGCCCUUUACUUCCCUAACCCUUUAACUCCCAGAUAAAUUUUGUAAUUCUCCUUACUGUCAACCACACAGUUCUUUCAAUGUUAGUUCAGAGAAUUUAGUAUGGGAUCAACUAAUUAUCCCCCAAUUGAUAUUUUUCUUUAUUCUCGUCACUAAUCUAGUUGAUAUUGUGUUAAUAUUGUAAGGAGAAAUUCUCUCUUGGUCACUUAUGGGAGUUAAAGGGUUAAUUAACACCAUUAUGCACAUUCCCCUUACUUUUUUCUAUAUAUUUCUUUUGAUACUGAAGAGGAGAAUGUCUUGUUAAAAAAUAAAAGCUCCUUAGGUUAGUGAUCAUUUCCUUUAUUCUCAAGACCUUGAUGAAUGAUUCAGCAGUAUUUCUGUAAGGAGAAAUUAGAUGCUUGUUACUCUUAGAGUUGAAAGGGUUAAAAGAUGCUGAAUGCACAUGAAACAAUAAAUCUUUGGCGCUGAUGUUUCAGCAAUGAUGGGUCAUUUCUUCGCAUGUGUUGUAAUUCUGGAAUUUCAGUCUAUAGCUUUAGACAGAAUCAAGAUCAUUAUGCUUACAGUAUGUACGUAAAUAUAUUGCGUUGUUGAUUAGGGCACUACACCACUGUCGUAGAAAAAUCAUUCAAAUCCCAUCCUAGAGCAAAUCUUUGUUAGGUUUGAACAACUGAACAGUCAAAUCAGAUGGAAGGUGGUCAUUAAAUGACAUUAUUUAAAAUUUAACAGGUGAAUCUUUUUCUUGGGCUCUUCUCACACUUUUCAUCUUUCUUUUAAAUUUUAUUUCAGAGUCUUGAUGAAGAUUACAACAUACUUAAUAAACUGAAGAAAUCAAGCAAAGCUGUCCACACUGCAGGGUUAAGUAAGUAUAGCCCUUAGCUUCAAAUCUUGCAUGCUUGCGCCAAAUUUUCCUAUACAAACUUACCACCAAAAAUCUUUUUAGCAUAGAGUGGCAGUGAGUUUGUUAGUCUAUGCUUCCAGUUUCUCCUUAUAAAUAUGUUGAUUUUUGAUCCCAGACUAUUCUACAAAUCAGCUGUCAUUAGUUGAGAGUCUUGAAAAGUUGGGUUCAUCAUCUCUUUCAAAGGAGGCAGAUACAGGCAUUGGUAAGUUCUAGCUUUGGGUAUAUACACAGAGUUAUAAUUGUUAAUACUGGGAUUGAUAUUUUUCCCCGAAAAAAGCACCUCAGCUGUUUGCCAAAUUUAAACAUAGCAUGUCUUUUUUAUAAGAUUCUCUGCCCUUCAAUUAUGCUCCUAAAUUUUGGUCAAAAUUUGAAAUUAUAGCAACUCCUUGCCUUAAAAAUGUACACCUCCCUUUGGCCAAAAUUUGGAGUUAGUGUCCUUUUCUGAUAGGUGGCUCCCCCUUCGUAUCAUUUUCAUGGAAGGGUAACUAAACAAAAAGGGAUACAUAGCUCAAAGUUUUAUUUAUUUCAUCAAACCAUUAAUAUUUACACCAUACUAGUUGGAGUUUGUUAGUAUGUUGAGUAGGAGUACCAUCCAUUGCUAAUUACUGUGUUGUUGUUGUUUAAGUGCUAAUGCAGCCUUAUAAAAAAAGAUACUGGGCCACAAUAUUGGUAAAUUUGAUGGGUAUCUUGCUUGGGUGAGUGCUUCGGGGCACUACUCAGUUGGUGUUGUUUAAGUGUGUACACGGCAUUAUGAAAAAAAAUAUUUAGCCACACCAUAGAUAAGUGUUAUGGGUACCUUUGCUUGGACGAGUGCUCUGGGGUGCCACUCACUGGAUUUACAGUAUUCCUAAUGAUGUUGUCAUUUAUGGAAGUAUAUGUACUGUCCAAGAAACAUGAAAAAAUUUUCUCUAAUUUCAAUAAAUGUGUUUCACGCUCUCUUCCAGGUACUGCAUUCUUAAAGUUUUCAGUCACAUUUAAGGUUAGUGAUAGAGCUUCCAACUCCCUUUUGUGACACAAAGUUCAUAGGGUAACCUGUGCAACUUGAGUUUAGGCACAAAUCAUAACAGAAAACCUUCUUAAAACUUUACAUUAUACGUAAUCCCUGAUGACAUCCCCCAAGGAUAACAACAACUGAACCCCCAAGAGGUUUGGAAAAUCUCCCGAGAAAAGUUUUACAGGCUAAGUUAUAAUUCAUCACUAAUAAACUUUUGGUUGAAUCACAUGCAGUAUGACCACAGGAAGUCAACUUGCAAAGGGAAAUUUGCACAUACUGAAAACAGCGCAGAUAUUGUGUGUUCUUUGUUUUGGGGAAGUAACACCCUCGAAAAUAUGCCAACUGGUUUGCUAAGAUCUUGUGUUCAAUGAGGAUCAAAGGGAGAACAGUCCUUUGAAUCACACUGUCAAAUUAUUUGUAAUCAACACACUAAGCAUGCUUUUGAGUACACAAUCGGAUGUUUUUGUUUAAUUGUGCUUAACUGAAAUCAGUAAAAACUAUUGUUGCCAUCUCUCUCUCUGCAGGAACUUUGUUCAGCUAUGAAAACAUUGGUAAGCAAUACUUUUUGAUUUAAACACCAUGAAAUGUUUAAGCUGAUUGAAUUUUAUAGUUUUUAAGGCAGUGAAAUGAGACUUACUUGAACAAGUUAGAAUUAUGUUUAAUUUUAGUAAAAAGUUUUAUUUUUCAUCAACAGUUCACCAAUUAUCACAACAUGGUUUUGUUUCCUCUGGACUCUCUUCUAAAAGGAGACAUGAAAGAUGUGAAAGGGGUAAGUGUUAACCCUUUAACCCUCUUAGAUUAACCAAAGUGGAAUUUCUCCUUACAAUUCCAAUACAGUUUCAAGCAGACGGGUAUUGAGAAGAUGGAAACAUAUUAAUUAGAGGACAAUGUCUGAUUUAUUACUAUAUUCUUAAAGCUGAAAAUAUAUGAAAUAUAUAGCAGAUAGUGUUGAGAUUUGAUAUUUAGAUCACAGAAGUGAUGAAUGUGUAUCUUUUCUGUGCAUUUCAAUACAUCAUCUUAUGAAAAGUUAUAAGAAAAGAGAGGCUAAUCAGGGACAAGCUACAGUAAUAAAUGAGCCUCUGGGCUUAAAAGACUAUAAUUUGGUUUUGCUUUAGGAAGGCAAAGAAGCAGAGAUUUUGUUUGGUUGUUUUGUAAAUUUCUUUGAUGCAUUUACUAUGUUUAUUUCACAGGAUAUGAGAAAGCCAUUUGAUAAAGCAUGGAAAGAUUAUGAGGCCAAAGUGUAAGACCUUGACUAUUUUUUAUCGUAAAAAAAAGUUACUGCUAACCCCAAAGAGUGACUAGUGUCCAAUUUUUUGUAACAACAUCAUGUUUAAAUUACACAUCAAGGUCCCAAGAAUAAAGGAAAUGAUCACCAACUAAAGAAGCUUUUGAUUGUUAAACAAAUUCUCCUUGUAAGCACCUUAGGAAAUUUAUGGAGAACACUAUUGAGAAUAUGCACACUGAUGUUAGGGUGUUAAGGGUUAUGACCAUCUUGGCCUCAUAGACUCUAUGUUAUUAUGGAUGAUCAAUUCUGUUUACUUAGCAAAAUGCUAAAAUUGUAAUUAUGAGGCUUUACUGACAUUUGUUUCCAAACUUUUUGGUGGAUUUUGAUAGUGGAAAGAUUGAGAAAGAGAAAAAGAAAGUGGCCCAAGAGGCUGGAUUUCUCAGGACAGAAGUUACUGGUGGGGAAGUAAGUGAUUGAAAUGGCAAAUAUUUUCAUGGAGUAAAAUGUGGCAGAUUUUUACUCUGACUUUUAGAGAUUUGCUGAUCUUAUUUUUGCAACGGAUUUAAAUAUGGUUUUUUUUUUUCUCUUAAAAAACCAGAUGGCAGAAGAAACAGAAAGAGAAAGGAGGAUUUUUCAGUUACAAAUGUGUGAGGUAUCAUCAUGGUGCAGCAAUAUACAUUUUAUUUUUAAAAUUAUUUAAUACAUAAUUCUUUUAUAGGAGACUUAAUAAUGGAAGGACUAGAAUAUAUUAUAAAUAUAUUAUAUAUAAUGUUGUCACUAGAAUAUAUAAUAAAUGUAUGAUCUGACCCAAGUAGGUGCCUUACUUGGAGCAAAAUGCUCUUCUAGGAGGGUCUGGGACAUGCUCCUCCAGAAAAAUUUGAAAUUUGAAACUCUUCAACAGUCUUUCUAGUAUUUUUUUGUUCUCCUUGGCUCCUAAACCUUUACCACCCAUGAUCUGAUUGCUAAUUCUCCCCUCUAGCUGCUACACAUUUCCUUGUAAAUUAGUUGCAAGGAUUUGGUGUUAGAUCAAGAUAAUAAUGUUUACCUGAUACAUUUGAGUAUUCUCAUGACCUGUUUGCUGGAUAGUGGGUGAAUAUUGUAGGGAGAAGAUACAUGUGAAUCACUUCCGGGAGUUAAAGGGUUAAAGGAUUUUUUUUCCCUUCUUUUGAUUGGCUGUUGUGAUUACUGGUGCUUUGGCUUUGAUUUUACAACACUCAAUCUCACAGUUUUUAUUUUUUGAAGAUUUAAUGUUAUUUUUCUUGUCAUCAAGCUUCUGAUUAAGGUGAAUGAAAUAAAAGUGAAGAAAGGAGUGGAGCUUGCACAGCAUCUGGUGGAAUUCUAUUAUGCACAAGUCAAGUGAGUGUUUUUCAUUGAAAAUGCAACUAAAUCAUUCCUUAUUACGACUGCUAAUUCUGCCAACUGAAGAAUGUACUUAUUUGUAUGGAAGUUAAUUUUCUGUUGGUUGUAAUUUGUCUCCACAGUUAUUUUCAGCUGGGAUCACAAGUACUAGAAAGUAUGAAAGGUUAUCUUGAAGAACUUGUUGUGGAGCUGCAGCAGGUACAUUUGAAUAUGACUGAUAUUUUAGAAGUGUUUGUCCCCCUAGAUCUGGUAAAUCAUUCUUCUUUCCAGCUGGUAUAUAUCAGUGGCAAAUCCAGACCCUGGGGGGGAGGGGGGGCAGUUUUUAUUCGCUUGCCCUGUUGGCUUUCCUUCCUCUGCAAUUCUUCGUUGUUUUUUUUUGUUUUGUUUUGUUUUUUUACCAAAAUAAGGGGGGGUCUGGGCCCUAGAUCUGCCACUGUAUAUUUCCAAGUAAAUUAGUUUUAAGAAUUAGUAGUAUGUCAAGAUAAGAACGUUUUAAUGAAAGAUACAUCUGUUCAUCUAUUUGCAUGAGCUGUUACCUGGGUAAUGAAUUGAGUUUAUUUUGAAAAUAUCCAUCUGAAUCAUUCCUUGGAGUGAAGAGAUUAGUAUAUGAUAUUGUUCAGGCAUUGUGGUAAGGGGGGUAACAUGAAUGUUGUGUUUCAGUUGUUUAAAGUUAAUGUUUAUUUUUAGUCAUAUCUCUAUAUUUUUGCUUUCAUUUCUUGUGUAUUUGUUUAGUUAAGAGCGCAGCAGGAUGAGGAAAGAAAGGAACUGACUGAAUUAAGGAAUGAGAUUAAAUCCCAGCUACAGCUAGAUAAAGAAGUAAGUCCAUUUUUUUUAAGUUUAGGAAUAAAUGACACCUAAAAUACAUAGUACAUUUGCCGCUUCAAAUUUCUACCAUCUGAGUAGAUUUUCAUAGGGAGCCUUUGAUUAAUUUUUUAUCACUCAUUGCAGUCCGCACAGUCUUCGCAGAGUAAAGGAGGCUACAGUUUACAUGGUCAACAAGGUGAUAAAGUAUAUGGCAAUGAAAGAGCCGGGUUUCUACAGAAACGGAGUGAAGGGUAAGUUUAACGUAAUUAUUUUUAAUCAGCUGGACUUACUACAGUUAUGAGCAAAAGAUCAGAGCAUAAGUUGGUCUGAAUUCAACAUCAUUUAACCCUUUACACCCUAACAUCAUUGUGCAUAUUCUCCAUACUGUUCUCUAUACAUUUCUUGAGGUACUGACAAGGAGAAUUUGUUUGAUAAUCAAGAGCUGUUUUAGUUAGUGACCAUUUCCCUUAUUCUCAUUACCUUAAUGUUUGAUUCAAGGGAGAUAUUGUGAGGAGAAAUUAGAUGCUAGUCACUUUUGGGGGUUAAAGAGUUAAAAUAUAAGAGCCUCUUUUGUGGGUGAUCAUUUCUUUCAUUCUUGUGACCUUUUAUCUUUGUGAUUCAGGGAUGAUAUUAUAAGGAGCAAUUAGAUGCUAAUCACUCAGCAUAAAAAAAAGCUGGCAGCUACACAGACUAUUACUUUUGAUAGCUCUCAAUGUGUAUGUUUUUGUCGCCAUUUGAUUUUAUCAUUUGAAAUUUCAUUUUCAGUCUGCGAAAAGUGUGGCAAAAGAGAUACUGUGUGGCAAAGGAUGGCCAGUUCACUUUGGCUCAUUCACCUGUAAGAGGAAUUUCUUUUGAAAAGUUUCAGCAAUAUAUAAAGCUUUAUUUUUGCUUGCUUCAUGCAAUUUAAGGUCUCUCUACCAUGUAUAUGUCUAUGACACAUUUUGUUAUUAUUAUUUUAGACAAGCAUUCCAACUCAAACACUCAAUCUUCUAGUGUGCCAAGUCAAGGUAAGGGAACCAAAAUUGGUACCUGCCAAGGCCUUUCUCAUCUCUGGACUUUUUGUAGCUCCUCCUCAUGUCAGCACACGUGGGGACCAUUUUCCUGUUCAAUCCUUUGUUAGCCCCUUUUGCAUCUCACCUCUGUACCCACUUGGGUCUCUCUCGUGUUUAGACUUACAUUUUGGCUCUCUUUUACAUUGGUCCCUUUUUCAGAGCUUUUAGAGAAUCCCUAAAUGUUUAGACCCUCAUAGGCCACUUCCAUGACAAGAUAUAGCGUUUAUCAAGACUUUUUGUUAUAGCUCUGAAACCAUGGAAAACUGUAAUUUUUUAAACUCCAUUUAUUGGCCUUGCAUUUUAGGGUAACAUUCCAGCACAAGCAGAGAAUUAGCGAGCAUAAAAUAUGAUUUUAAUUGUUUUCCCUACAGGAAGAUGAUGGAAAGAAACAUACUUUCAACAUUGUAUCACGUAAGUUGGCGAUCUCGUAAAGAGCAGAUAUUACGAACUAUAACAGCUGUAACUUAAAAGUUGGUGUCUGAUCUCUUGCUUAAAAAGGAAAAAGUUCUUGUCAAUGAUAAAGUGGCAUCUUUUUUUUUUCUUUCAGAUAACAGAACUUAUUUAUUUCAAGCAGAUGACGAAGCUGAUUUGGAAGCGUGAGUUGAACGGAAUUAAUUAUUGAGAAAGAGUUGCUUCACCUGGGUUUAACAUACUUGAAACAAGCUUUAUAUAAAUCGUUGUUGUGGUUAUUUUUUUUCUGUCUUAACUCCUUCCAAUUGAAGUAAUAUCACGAAGUAAGGGAUGGGAAACUAAAACUAAAAUGAUCAGAGGGAGUCUAGAUUGAGUGUCGUGAAACCAAACUUAAAGAUAUCACUCUAGCCAAUCAGAACAAAGGGAAAUGUAGCGAAGAACCAAUAGGAAUUCAGUCAAAACAAGCAAACCGUCCAAAGCGCGGGAAAAUGGGAGGGAACCAAGACGAGAUUGGUUUUAGUUUUGCAUCUGAUUGGUUGAUAAUUUGGCGCGAAAUGUUUGGACCAAUCAGAUUUUGUAGUUAAGAAAAACCAGCGUAAUUUUGGAUGGGAAAUUGAUCUGCUGUUACUGAACUUGUCAAUACUGUUUCCAGGUGGGUGUCUGUUCUUAACAACAGUCGAACUGAAGCCUUAGAAAAAGCCUUCGGAGACAGCGACAAAGCUGAGGUAUUCAACACAGGAGUCAAAUUAACUAAGUUUUCUUAAAAUCAUUUUAAUCGCAGUAAAAUUACAGCUCUUGUGUUCCCCUUCACACAUUGCACAUCCAUCCAUCCAUCCAUCCAUCCAUCCUAAAACAAAAAAGAUAUUUAAGCACCAUGAAAGCUGUGCGUCCUAGCUAUAUACCACACAGGUGAAUAACGCUUUUCACGCGCGCUAAUCAUAUAAUUGACAUUUCUCACCGAUGCGUCCUGAUAUAUUUUAAAAACUCCCCUCGAACGUGUUAAAGUUUUGCGAUAUGACUAAAAUGUUUUGUUUAAUUUUUUUUCAGUCCGAAGAAAAUGGUUCAUUGGUUUGCAAUCUUAAAGAGGUAAAUUUGAAACUUAGCAUUACAGAAUCACUAACAGCAGCGUGACAGCUUCCAUAGAAGUAGCGUGACAUUGUGACAGAAUCAGUUUUUAAUUUUUCAUUGUUUUUGUUCCUCAGCUGAGACAAAGAAUUGUCUCCCAAGUUCGAAGAUUGCCAGGAAAUGACACUUGCGCUGAUUGCUCCGGAAAAGGUGAAUAAAAAAACUUUUCAUAAACCAAUGUUCAAAAAUGCAUCUCAUGGCAAAUUUACGGAUGGGCGUACUCGAAAAGUAACGUGGGAGAGGGAGGUGGCCCAAAACCGUGACGUCAACUCGUCGCCAUCAUGCUGACGUCAACGUUACCAGGCCACGGUGAUCCCUGAUGAAAACCACUGACUCAUUUAAGUGCAAAAAUGCACCCCUCCCCCUAACACUAUAGCGCAUCCCUUAUCAUGUUUCAUUGAUACAGUUUAAUUAUGGUCACAGCGGAGAAAAUUUCAUUUACAUUCAUAGAGGUAUCGACCUUACAGAAAAUGUAAUUUUUAACUUUAGUUAUAUUUCCCUUGCAGAUCCAACAUGGCUGGCCACAAAUCUUGGCGUUUUACUGUGUAUUGAGUGUUCAGGAAUCCAUCGAGACAUGGGUGUUCAUAUCUCUAGAAUACGAUCCAUUGAACUCGACAAACUAGGCACUGUAGAAUUACUGGUAGGAUGUUAGCACCUGACACAUUUUAAUUGGUUUGAUACACUGAUAAAUAAGUUUACUGCGGUUGACGCGGAAAUUUACUGUUUUACCGCGAUGGACUUGAGAUUGAAAGACCUGGUUCGAGCCUUGGCUUAGGCCAGUUUGGUAGCCAUUAAAACAAUACGCUUUCCCCUCUCAGGGUAUUUUCUCUCCAUCCAGAGUAUAGAUGGCUACUAGGGAAUCAUUGGACUCCUGACGAAAUUCAGGGGGAGGUGAGGGAGGGAAGUGGUAACCGAAUCCCUUCCAGAAUAGGAGCAGUGUUCCUAGUCACUACAUGCUUCGGAAACUGCCAUGUACGUUGGUUUCGUAUCUGUAACAAAAAGUUCAUUGAUGGAAUUUAUUGUUUGUUCUUUCUUUUUCAGCAAGCGAAAGCUGUUGGUAAUGGUGGAUUUAAUGAGAUUAUGGAAGCAACUUUAGACUACAACGAGAAGCCCACGGCUUCCAGUAAAAUGUGAGUUCAGUGCCGAGGUUGUUAUCGGCGUUGUUGUUAUUAAGCUAAUUUUGGUUGAGGUCGAAUGGUUUAGGGGCCGUGCUGCUCAACUUUGUUUGAAUUAUUUUUUUUCCUCCAGGGAUGAAAGAAAGGAGUUCAUAAGAGCGAAGUAUAUUCAACAUAAGUAUGCGAUCAAAUCUGGCGAUAAUACUGAGAAAAUACUGCAGGUAAGCCGGCAGUAACUUUUGUUAUACGGCUUUUGUUGAAGGCCAAACAUGGCACUUGCGCAUUUUUUACCAAACUCUGAUAAACUCCAGCUAAACUAAUCCUCUCUGUUCUUAACAGGAACUUCAUCAAGCGGUCAAGUCAAAGGACAUUUUAGCUGUUUUACAAGCGUUUGCUGAAGGUGUAGAGCUUUCCACACCUCUUCCUGGACAUGUGAGUAUUAAAUAGUUAGUAGAUACUUACGACUUUUUAAAGUAAACAAAACUAGUUGUUAUUUGUACAAUAAAUGGCACCUUGAGACACUGUACUUUUAAAAUGAUUCUUUUUGGACAACUUGAUGCUCAGACAAUUAUUACCUUUGACGUUUACUACAGUACGGCCAUCUAAGCGGUUUUCGCUCAAGAAAUCCAUGACCAAAACCCGGUGGUUUUGUUUUAAAUUUUCUUCCAGUCAAACAAUUCUACAGCCCUUCAUGUCGCCGUGGAACAAGAAGACUUGACCUCUUUGCACAUUGUCGACUUUUUAGCGCAGAACUGGUGAGUUGAGGGUUAAAUUGAAAACCCAAGGAGGAAGAUCGAAUAGUGACUGAGGGCUAGAGAAAGUGGAACAAAUCAAAUGAUGCCAUUCUAGAUCGAUAUCAGUGAUUGAAUUAUUCUUGUCGAGAUUACCUCGAGUUUCUCGGAAACCUCGCCUUAGGUGUUUUGUUUGGUCGCUCCAUUCUUCACGCUUAAUUAUUAGUUUACUUGUUUGUUUCUUCGUUCGGUCGUCCGUCCUUCGUUCGUGAUCGGUCGGUCGUUCGUGAUCGGUCGGUCGGUCGAUCGCUCCUUCGUUCGUUCGCUCGUUUGCUUGAUCGGUCGCCCUAUCGCUCGGUCGUCUGCUCGGUUCCUCGUUUGGUCAGUCAGUCUGUCAGCCAUUGGUAAAUUUGUAUGUUCUUUUCUUUGUGUGUUAUUUAAUAAUUAUUUUUGAUUAAUUUAUUAAUUUGUCCCAUUGCAUGUUCGUAAUUGUAUUUUUUUUUUUUGCUAAUUUUUUUCCUUUUUCAAGCAAUGAUGUGAACGUGACAGAUAAAGAUGGAAACACAGCGCUCCAUUUGGCGGCAAUUUCCAGUAAAACAGAAUGUAUGCGAGUUCUGUUGAGAGCUGGCGCUACGGAUAGUCUUAGCUUAGGUAUGUAUCCACUGGGAAUCAUCUGAACACUGACUUUUGGCCUAUAAAACAAAUAUCCUGUUGCAUUUCUGCACUCAAAUGAGUCAGCGGUUUUCAUCAGGGAUCACCGUGGCCUGGUAACGUUGACGUCAGCAUGAUGGCGACGAGUUGACGUCACGGUUUUGGUCUAACUAGUGAUAUUUAGAAUAGAGGAUAAAAGUCAGCAGAUUUUCGUGUUUUCAUCGAAGAUUUUCCGAAGCUUUGGUUUUACUCCUAAACUUUUCGCGUGCCCAGUCGCCCUCGUCGCCAGAUGAAGACUCGCAGUAUGCAAUUGAGAAAUCUAAAGCUACAUCGGAAAGGACUACAUCGUGAAACAAAUAACAUUUCAUUUCUCAUAUAUUCACCACGGUGAAUUACCAAAAGCUUUUCCACGGUAAAUGCAGUUCCCCCCAGCUCUGAAGCUGUCAGAAGAUUGGAAGAUUUAUUUGGAUCAGGAAUAAAAAGUUAUGCUCUUUCUCCUGCAGAAAAUCUGGAGGGUAAAACGCCGAUGGACAUUUCGAAAGGAUUAAAUCACAUAGAAUCUAUUGAAUUGGUAAGUUUUUUUAGUUCUUCAGGUCCUUGAGUUUAGGGCAGAAGUUGCUUCGGAUUUCUUUAGUUUACGAAGUUUCUUCGGUUAAUCACGUUUUUUCUUAUGUCCCGAAUGAAACACAGUAAAGGCUUUUCUUUUUUCAGUUGAAGGUGACUGCUUCUGGUAAGAUGGCCCACUGUGAAAAUGUCAAGAUUGACUGGGGACUCAAUGAGGUAAUCGUCGUUGUCUUUAUUUUUGACGUUUCCUUCACCCGUGGAAGUCCUAAGAUAAUAUUCCCAGGAGAAAGUAAGCUUACUGACGUUUACAUUUAAAUGAUAACCCCUUUUAUUUCCCAGGCUGAUGGAAUUUACGAUAACCCUGCAGAACUGUUGGACGUUAAACUAGAAUUCAGCGACGAUGAAGGGCUGAAUAAUUCGAAAAAUGAGGGAAAGGUAACUUUUUGAAAUCUCCCUAUAUUGCGUGAGUAAAGAUCGAAUUAAAUGUGCAACUUUAGCGUUGGAAAGUCGCAAGGAACUAUUUGAACCUAGUAUGGCGUAGUUUAAUGUAACUUGUACAAUUCCUUCUCAUGUUCGUCACCAAACCAAGACUUUGACUGAAACCACUCAAAGAACAAUCGACUGCAUCGUUUGUGCCCUGGAGAAAAUCUCCGUAAUAGCAUUUGACGCUUUAAACGUCGCUGCAGAUCCUAGCAGUUGACAAACGCUUUGCGCAUGUGAACGUAGUGAUGGUCAACUUCGAGUUCUGUAUAGCUCACUGAUAAGGCAGCCGAGUGCAAAUCCGAAGGUCUGGGUUUGAUUCCCCUUGAGGAACACAGCUUUUUUUUUAUCAGGGUCGGUCCAGUCCUCCUACCCCUCCUCGUCACCGCCGCCAUUUACCCACACGACCCGUCAGUCAAAUGUUUCCUCCCGGAGGGGGAUACGCCAAGGGAGUGCCCGGGAUAAGUUCGCUAGUAUCUGGACUGACGCUCUUGGGAAGUGAUUCACCGGCGCUGGACAAAGGUUCCACGGGCUCCCCUGUAAUAAGGCGCAGAGCAGCUGUUCGCCCUUCAGGCACUAAUGUGGAGACAGUGGCUGUGAAUGUGCGAGCGAGCAUGUAUGCUCCGUCGUCAUUUUCUGAGAGCAUGUUCAGUUCUAUGACAAGCACCUUUGGUCACGGGCCUAAGGCUAAAACGUAAGUGUAAAUUUUUUUCUUUUGUCUUCGUCGGUUUUGAUUGUUCGUCCACGAUGAUGGGUCCUUAUAGAUUGCGCAAGCAUAAUUUUUUGGCAUAAUGUUGGCACAGUUUGGAAAAACGAGCUGGGCGCCUGCGUGAAGGAAAAUCUACCGCUGACCCGUAAUACUGAUAAUAUGUCCUAGUUUGACCUUCCGUUGUUCGCCUCAGCCAUAGAGAUCUCGCUGGCGAGCUAAGUCAUGUAUUUGUUUUUCCUGAUUUGUUAUUCGAUAAACGACACCCAUCUCAGGAAGAUUCCUUAACUUCUUCUUAGGGCUGACGGUACAGCCGCUGACCAGGCUGAGUCUCCCCCACCUGUCCCUCCUGUACGCUGCAGCUCCGUCAGUCGAGAGAAGCGCUUUGGUGUUGACGUUCCGCUGCCUCCGUUACCUGCUAAACCAAAGUUUGACGAUCCUGGGGCAGCAGCCACCAAACAGUUACCUACGGAUCCAACAAUUCGUCCGGCGGAAACGAUAAAUCGACGAGCUCCACCUGUUCCGCCCACUCCUAAACGAGCUGGUGGGGAGGGGAAACCUGUAGCACCUCCCCUCCCCACACACCGGAGGUCUAAAUCCGAAGGGAAGACGCCUUUCGGCGAGGAAAUCCUUCGGGCAGCAGACUCGAAGCCACCUUUUCAGAAAAAGCUUUCGUCACCUCUUGGUAAGGAGGACGUCAAAGAAGAAGAGAAACCAAUCCCUCCGCCUCGGCCUCUGAAGCCAGGGUCCAUGCGGGUCGCUUCUAGUACUCCAAUGCUAGCUAAUGGGGAAGUUAAGUCUUCCAAGUAAGUAAAAUAAUAAGUGCGUUUGGAGUGGUGAUACUUUGCUCUUCUUGUCACGCCAUGUUACGUGACCACCCAUGUCACGAUUUGUCACGCGAUAUUUACCCUGUUAUCUGUACUUUUUCUAUCAUUGUUAAGGCGAUUUCCUCAAUAUUUAUUUUGAAGGAGCAAGUUGUCAUUAACCUGCGAAAAUAUUACCUUCUUCUUUCAUUUGUUUACACGGUUUUAUUUUUCCUAACAAAUGGUAGCUUUAUUUUCGUAUUGUUUCCGCGGCGGGCGUAAAUGGUUUCCAUAGGCCCUGAGUUUCUCCUUCUUUCUUUUUAGUAAGAAACGACUGGAAGUAUCGCUACUCUCCGUAAAAGGAAGGGUAGUCCAUCGUGGGUUGCAUGCCCCGCCCUCCCCUUCCCAACGUUUCAUUAUGUCUCUCUAAAAGACACAAUAUGAGAGUGAAGUGUGUUGCAUAAGAACACGACCACCGGCCACCGCUCAUACCCAGACCUCUCGUUUCGGACUCCAUCGUGGUAACCACUAUGGUUAUUAUUGUUCCCGCUUGUACUUUUUUCUGAUUAGACAUUUUCCUUGUAGAGCCGCUACUUUUCCUCGACCUCCUCCCCGAGGAAGCUCAGAAUUGAGCUCUGUCAAAGGUUGGUAUUCAAUCGCGACCUGAUACUUUUACAAAAAUUUGUCAAGAUACUUAAAGAAAGAUUCAUUUCUUUCUUUGAUUUUAAGAAAUGUAAACAAUAAAGCAUUUUCUUUGGGAUUUCAAAUUGUUUCAAUUGAAGAUUUAAGACGCUCUUCUUUACUUUGCUUUUCUCUGGUCACGUGGCUCAAUUUGCUCUUUCAGUGAACGUCGACAAGAAAAGCGACGUUAAUAGAAAAGAAUCUGUCGAUUCUGUACCAGAAAGUCCUAUUCCGGAUAUUCCACCAAGAGCAAACACCGUUUCAGUAAGUCGUAGUAGUUUUACCUUGUGUUAGUCGCUAUUGUUACCUUUCUUCAAGGCGUGUUAGUUAAUAUUCUAAUGCUGUGCGUCUCGGAAAUCAGCGUUACAGCAGGGUUAUCACGCUUUUCCAAAAAGGUAGCGUAAUCUUCUAGUUGUCGCGCAACAGGAGACAGUUUGGAUUGUCACCUUGUUGGUGUAAAAAUGUUUUUGUUUUCCGCUUUUCCUACAUCUUUCGUCUUGACAAUCAAGCCAAGAAACAUAAUCAAAGGAGAUCUACUUUAGCCAACUAAUAUUCGUGAUCUCUUUUGUUCAGAAUGCCCUGACCCUACCCCAGCGGGUAGAAGCUCUCUACGACUGUGAGGCGGAUAAUGAGGACGAGCUGACUUUCAAAGAAGGCGACAUUAUCUUGGUCAAGGGGGAGGGGGAGGACGCCGAAUGGUGGGUGAGUAUUGGGAGGAUUAUAAUGGGGGGGGGGGUUGGAGGAAAGGAAAGGAGCCGGGUGGGUAUUGAGUCAGUUUGGUAAUUUGACUGAGGGGGGAGGGGAGGAGGAAAGCUAGACGGUGGACCCGAGCGAAAGAUUAUUCAUCAGAGGAGGAGGAAACGAGGAGACUCCAUGAAAAAAGGGCUAUAAAAGGCUGUGUCUGUGGGAGUGUGGGAGGGUAGUUUGAUUGUCACCUACAGGAAGCCUUGGAUUUGAUGGCCGAAGAUGAAUGGCAAUCAAUUAUCAGGCAAGAAAAAUAUCACAAUGAACGCGAGAAUUGUAUUUUCCCUCACGGGGAAUAUUAGAUAAAAGAAAAUGUUUUAAUUUUCCUCACCUCCUCGUUUCUUAUUUGUUUGCCCCUAAAAUUUCUCCGAAUUUCCCGGGACUUCUGUCCAAUGGAAGGAAGGGUUGCAAACAUAGUAUGGGAGUGGUGGAAGUGGCGAAUUGGUGGCGUUUUUGUUGCUGUUGUUGUUUUUUCCUAGAUUGGAGUAAAAACAGUAAAAGUGAAAAUGUCUGUUCCUUCUAACACUUUACUGUUCUUUUUCCUUUGUCUGUAGUUGGGUGAAAUAGAAGGACAUCCAGGAACUUGUGGGGUCUUUCCAGUCAGCUUUGUUCGCGUCCUUCCCGAAUGA